AUGGAUAAGUUUUUGGUACAUCCAACCGCCAGUUCGAGUAAACCGAAAUUAACCCAGCCUGAUUGUGAACCCGAUGAAUCCGAUGAUCAAGAUAAAAAAAUGUCUGCACAAUGUCAAUUAUGUCAAAAAAUAAUUCAAGGGCAAAAAGGUUCUACAGGAAAUUUUCUUAGUCACAUUAAGUUUAAACAUGCAUCAAUGCUAUCCAAAGUUAGAGACAGUAAAAAAUUAUUCAAGAAGACAACUCAACAUGGUGAAGGAACAAUAAUUACUCCCAAUAAACAAAUGCAACUGCCAUUCUUUAAAACUAGUAUUACAAAAUGUCAAAUUACUGAGUUAGUGUUUAAUUACAUAGUUGAAGAAAUGAGACCGAUUGUUACUUGUGAAAAGCCGUCAUUUCGUCGUCUCAUUCAAGGGCUAACUGGCAUAAAUGAUUCAACUGUACUUCCUAACCAUAAGAAUAUAUCAAAAAUAUUACAACUUAAGUAUGACAAUUAUGUUUCCAUGUUGACUAAUUUAAUUGAAAAACAGAAACACAUCUGUUGUACAGCGAAUAUAUGGAGUGCCAAUAAUAAGAGCUUUAUGGGAAUGACAUGCCAUUUUAUCGACGAAUUUUCAUAUAAACGGUCUUCAUAUGUCUUAAGUUGUAAGCGAAUAAAAGGUAGCCAUAACUAUUUGAAUAUUAAUGAUGUAAUAACUGACAUUUGUGAUGCUUAUCAAAUUAAGAGUUCUAAAAUCACCCAUAUAAUUACCGAUAAUGCUAGUAACUUUGGCAAAGCAUUCCGUACAUUUUCAAAAAGCUCAACAAUUGAAUCCGAUCCUCAUCAUGUAGGUAACUUAGACGAGUUAGACUCUGAUGAAGAUACACAAAUUGAUAGUGAUAAUGAAAAUAAUCUGUCCAGUCCUAUUGAUAUUGAAUAUGUUGAUGUUGGUCAGUUGCUUUAUGAAUAA